UUUAAAUGAUCGAUUAGAUGCUUCAAUGUGUGAACAGCUCGCAUAACGAUAUCACUACAAAGAUAUAUACUUAUAUACAUGAGUAUUCAGGAGUCACGAGUUGAAUCGCUUGUAAACCGGUUGCCUGCACUAAAACUGUUCAUUCGAACAGUGUCGGUCUUCCAGUAAAUUCAUGUUGAUCGUAUCGUCUAUUCUUGCACAGAAUCAUGUCGACAAAUGCACGAGGAAUUGUGUUAUCCGGCACCGAAUUGGCAAGCGAAAUUCGUGAAAAUCUAAAGAAAGAUGUGAGAGCAUUGAGUGAGAAAUUACCAAAUUAUGUACCUGGUUUAGCGAUCGUUCAAGUAGGCGGCAGAGAAGACUCAAAUGUUUAUAUAAGAAUGAAGAUAAAAGCGGCGAGUGAAAUUGGAAUUGUCGCAGAUCAUGUCAAAUUACCAAGUACCAUCACAGAACUAGAAUUAAUAAACAAAGUAAAUAAAUUGAACAAUGAUCCAAACAUACACGGUAUCAUCGUACAAAUGCCGCUUGACAGUAUCAAUAGAAUUAAUUCUCUUAUGAUUACCGACUUAGUAUCGCCCGAAAAGGAUGUAGAUGGAUUAAACACAAUUAACGAAGGAAGAGUAGCCAUUGGCGAUAUGUCUGGAUUUUUACCAUGCACUCCAAAUGGAUGCAUUGAACUUAUCAAAAAAAGCGGCGUACCGAUCGCUGGUGCUCAAGCUGUAGUUAUAGGUAGAAGUAAAAUCGUUGGUACACCUAUAUCUGAAUUAUUAAAAUGGCAUAACGCAACUGUAACAGUAUGUCAUUCAAAAACGCGAAAUCUUCCACAAAUUGUUUCACAAGCUGACAUCUUAGUGGUUGGUGUUGGCCAACCCCAGAUGGUUAAAGGAAGCUGGAUUAAACCGGGUGCAGUCGUAAUCGAUUGCGGAAUCAAUUCCAUUCCAGAUCCUACAAAAAAAAGUGGACAACGUUUGGUGGGCGAUGUAGAUUAUAAUGAAGCUGCUAAAGUAGCUUCUUAUAUCACACCAGUACCAGGUGGUGUUGGUCCAAUGACCGUUGCUAUGUUAAUGAAAAACACAGUAAUAUCUGCACAAAGAACAGCAGAGAAAGUAUUAAACAAGAAAUGGAAUUUAAAAAUUUUAAAAAUCAAUCCCCAAAAACCGGUACCUAACGACAUAACGAUUUCAAGAAAUCAGGAACCUAAACCAAUCGCGAGUUUAGCCGAGGAAAUUGGUUUACUUCCUAAUGAAAUUAGUCCUUAUGGAAGUACAAAAGCAAAGAUCAGCUUGAAAGUUUUAAAACGAUUGGAAAACCAACCAAAUGGAAAACUCGUGGUAGUUGCUGGUAUCACGCCAACACCAUUUGGUGAAGGCAAAAGUACAAUGUCGUUAGGCUUGGUGCAAGCAUUAACAGCAUUCAAAGGAAAGAAUUCAUUUGCAACUCUAAGACAACCUAGUCAAGGACCUACUUUUGGAGUUAAAGGAGGAGCAGCUGGUGGAGGAUAUUCACAGAUCAUUCCUAUGGAAGAAUUUAACUUGCACUUAACUGGUGAUAUCCACGCCAUAAGCGCAGCAAAUAAUCUAUUAGCAGCACAAAUUGAUACUCGAUAUUUCCACGAAUGUACUCAAAGUGAUCAGUCUCUUUACGAUCAUCUUGUACCAACUAUCAAAAAUGAAAGGAAAUUUUCGAAGAUACAAUUAAGACGUUUAAAAAAACUAGGUAUCACAAAGACUGAUCCAAAUAGUUUAACAGAAGAAGAAAGGAGGAGAUUCGCAAGAUUAGAUAUUGACCCAGAAAACAUUACUUGGACUCGAGUGGUCGACACAAACGAUCGAUAUUUACGGAAGAUUACCAUUGGUCAAAGUCCGACCGAGAAAGGUAGAACACGAGAAACAUCAUUCCGCAUUUCUGUUGCUUCGGAAAUAAUGGCAAUACUUGCAUUGUCAACUAGCGUCGAUGAUAUGAAGCGAAGACUCGGCAACAUAGUAGUUGCUUUUAACAAAGAUGGAGAACCGUUAACUGCCGAAGAUUUCGGUGUGACUGGAGCAAUGGCAAUUUUAUUGAAAGAUGCUAUUGAGCCAACACUUAUGCAAUCAUUGGAAGGAACGCCGGUGAUGAUUCAUGCUGGACCGUUUGCAAAUAUUGCUCACGGUUGUUCCUCCAUCAUAGCAGACGCUAUUGCAUUAAAAUUAGUUGGACCGGAAGGUAUCGUAGUAACCGAAAGUGGAUUCGGUUCUGAUAUCGGUAUGGAGAAAUUCUUUGACAUUAAAUGUCGAACAUCUAAUCAUGUGCCAAACGCUGUUGUGCUUGUUGUAACUAUUAGAGCAUUGAAGAUGCAUGGUGGAGGGCCUCCAGUAAAGACUGGCGUUCCAUUAAAAAAAGAAUAUCUCGAGGAAAAUCUUGAUUUAGUUAGGAAAGGUCUUCCGAAUCUUCAGAAGCAUAUCAGUAAUGGAAUUAAAUUUGGUGUUCCAGUUAUUGUUGCCAUUAACGUUCACAGUACUGAUACUCAAGCUGAAUUAGAAUUAGUGAAACGAGCAGCAAUAGAAAGUGGUGCUACUGAUGCAGCUAUAUGUAAUCAUUGGGCAGAGGGUGGUGCUGGUGCCACAGAACUAGCUGAUGCAGUCAUAGCUGCUACAAAUAAAGUUAGCAAUUUCAAAGUAUUGUAUGAUCUUAAUAUUGGUAUAGAAGAAAAGAUAAAUAUUAUUGCCAAAGAAAUGUAUGGAGCUGGAGAAGUUGUUCUUGCAGACAAGGUUCAGGAGAAAAUAAAAAAGUAUAAUCAAUUAAAUUAUGAUAAUUUACCGCUAUGCAUGGCAAAAACAUCAAACUCUUUAACGGGUGAUCCAUCAAUUAAAGGUGCACCUACAGAUUUCACACUCAAAAUUACUGAUAUAUUUGUGUCAGUAGGAGCAGGCAUUAUAGUACCAAUAGUAGGAGAAAUAAUGAUGAUGCCAGGUCUUUCUACAAGACCAAGCAUUUAUGACAUGGAGUGGAACAGUGAAACAGAUGAAAUAGAAGGCUUAUUUUAAGUAUGUUACAUCUGCAAUGUUAUAAACGUUGUCAUGAUUUACAAUUAGACUGCAGAUUUUUAUGCAAAUUCAUAUCUUUGUGAAUAAAAAUGAAAAAAUGGAUUCUAAAUGGUGAUCUGCUUCAUGUAUGAAGUAUUAUAAAAGUAUAUUUUAC